AUGCCAACAAGACGUGUAAACGAAAUGUCUAAUAGUAAUAGCAGUUCGAGCCCAACGACAUCUGAUCGUCUUCAACAUCAUAAGAGCUUAGAAAGCAGAAGCAGCUCUGUCGCAACAACAGCUACAGUUAUUACCACUGCUCUAGACCGUCAAUCUUCCGUAUAUGUUAUGAAAUCAGCUACCACGACAACCAACUGGAAAAGCAAAGCUGAAGAUAUCGUUCGAACAGCUUCUAUUCGAAGUGCUACUGCACAUCGACGAGUUCGUUUCCAUGAUAGGCGCCGAGGCACUAUGAGCAAAAGGAUGGUUUCAUCGACAUCACUGGCUUGGACAUGUCUUUUAGUUCAAUUGGUAUUAUCAUGCGUUUGCUUGAUAGCUUCCUUAGCCAUAAUAGCUGCUAAGCUUCAAUCAACUUCCAUUCAUCCGGAAAAACAACAUAUCAGCAUUGAGUUAUGGUCGUUUUGUGCUAUGAGCUUUUUGAUGAUAUGGGCAACUAUCUUUUCGAUGUUAGGAUUAUCAGGACAUAAGAAAAUAUUAAUAUUACCACAUAUUUUAUUAUUGCUUAUCUACAGUUUGUUUGUGGGCAGAGUACUCCUUCUAGUUUUACUUGAAUUCGAAUUGACUGAACUCAACUGGCUUGUUGGUGUUUGUGUACUAACGACAGCUGAAAUUUUUAUUACGUGCUCAAUCAUUUUUGAAUUUCGUACGGUUACGUCUAUGACCUAG